AUGACCAUAGCACGGAGUGAGAGGCUGCUGACGCUGUAUGUGCGCAAGAUUUUCGAUCGGGCGGCUGAGAUUCUGCGUCAGCUACCAGUCACAUCACCCACAAUCCUAGGGGCUCUCCCAUAUCAGGGCCCGUUUGACGACGAAUACUUGUUGCCAACUACACCUCAUGCCCGUCGGUCUGAUAUGAUCGCAGAGACGUUAUGGGAUUCAUUACUGGCAGUCAACCACGUGGACACAAUUGUUCUCCGGCUUGUCUUGUGCAUAGCCCAAGCGCAAUUUUCCCGGCAAUAUGGCCCCCCACCUUUAGUGCGUCUCCUCAAUGCCACCAUCUACCUCCUCCGCCUCAGCCUUGAUCUGGCAUCCGAGGGGCGUGGUCAUCCGCAGAGAUGGUCUGUUGUUUGCGCAUUCCUAUGGACCUCGUGGCAGAGGAUUCUGAUGCUACACUUGCGGUCUGGUGUUGGCCCACAACUUCAUGGCUUCAACUACAAUAUCAGGGGUCUGAACUCAAUCCGAGCUCAAGAUCUUGUGCUCGAGAUAUUCGAGUAUCGUAGUAAGAUGCAGCACGCUGACCUGAAGGCCACUCCCUAUCUUUGUGCAUGGGCUUAUCGAAACCUCAUCGAAGACCGCGCAUGUAUUUCGUCAGAUGUCCGCCACAUAGCGCAACAUCUUCAUGCUUGCUUUGGUGACAGAAAGGCCGUCUGCAACGCUGGACAUGUGCAGUGUAAUGGUCUAUCUUCGGUCUCCUGCGGCCGCUUCGAGAACACGACCGUCGUUAACCAGUCUAUGCACACGCAGAGAUGUUCGGGAAAAUGCCCCCGACUAUUCUGGUCGCGAGAGUCAUUUGUCGCAGUCUCUGGGCCGAAAGCGAUUGACAUUGCCGCCACAAGUACGAGCGGCCUGCGCUAUUGCCAGGUCACGACGAAGACUCUCGCAAUAUCACAUAUCUGGAGUCAUGGCCAGGGAGGACGACCGGACAAAGAAGGGCCCGAGGGUACGGGAUUCAAUAUGUGCCUGCACCAGCGGUAUUCCGGUGUCGCCGUCUCGCUCGGCUGCUCGUCAUAUUGGAUGGAUACGCCAUGCAUCCCCAGCGAGAAGGGCCUAAGACGGGAAUGCAUCGCCAAUAUCCAAGAAAUAUUCACAACAAGCAAAAUCACGCUCGUCUGCGAUAGAGAUCUAAUGUCCAUUGAUAUCACGGGAUCAAGCGUGGAUGCGUGCGAGAAGUUGCUUGCAACCCUCCUCGUCUGCGAUUGGAACAUGAGAGCCUGGACACUGCUUGAGUCCAUGCGCGGAAGAAGUUCCCUCUACCUGCUGUGUGCCGACGACAGGACCAUCAAACUAUACGACGUGCUACAGACAGUGUAUCAGAAAGGGAGUAUUGACAUACUUGUGCCGUACCUAACUCGGUCGUAUCUUCUUCCCCCGGACGAUAUAACGGAUAUCGAGCUGUUCGAGGGCGGCGGCUCCGUUGCCACAGAAGAAGAUCUUCAACUUGCAGAAGGAUUCAUCAGCGUGGGCGAAGCCGCCGUCCUUCUCAGCCAUCGGCACGCAACUCGUGACGAAGACGACGUGCUCAUCUGGAAUCUGCUGAUCGGCGAUACCCCAAGCCAAGAUGCCACCGAAAUGUGGAGACGUCAAAUAGGCAAGAAGAUCUCGACAGGUGCUCUGGUCUCGAGCGCGCCUCGAUUACAAGAUGUCGCAGGGUUCCGCUGGGCGCCGUCCCGCCCGACACUGCCUCGCAGGUCUACCACUAAUACCGCGACCGACAUCGCGCAUGAGAAGACGUUUCUCGCGUAUGACGGCGGUGAUGCAAAGGACGGAGAGAUAACCGCUGACGGCUUACGUGCGAAAUGGUUGACAUGCCGAUUCACAACAGCAGAUGUCCCAGACGGGCUACAAUUGGAAAAGAACACCAGUGCUGAUGAAAAGCUGGCUGCCAUUGCGAAGCGCUAUACUUCAGACUUCGCCCACGGCAUCUUACUGCAGGUAUGUCCCGCGAGAGGGCCCGGAAACGUUCCCCUACCGUAUCAGGGCUCUAACAAUCACGUCCUGGUGGUCUGUGGAUCUCAUGACGGGUUAGCAUGGGAUUGGAGAGGCGUGUACGAGUGGGAAAGGACGUGCCCGUUGCCGCCGUUUGUAAUCGAGGAGAUUUUGCUCGUUUGA